AUGCCGCAAUCUCUCACGGGGGUCGAUGUGAAACUAGAGCUGCGAGAUAAAACUCUUUUCCACCAAGCAUCGUAUGUCCAUGGAGAAUGGGUCACGGCAGCUUCAGGAAAGACAUUCGACGUCAUCGAUCCCGGGAGCGGUGCAAUCUGGGCCACUUGCCCAGACAACGGUCCCGAGGAUGUUAACAGAGCUAUUGAAUCAUCCCAAAAGGGUUUCCUAGAGCACUCAGCCCUAACCGCGCGCAAGAGGGCACAGCUGCUUCUAGAAUGGCACCAGUUAGUGACGGAGGCUCGUGACGAUCUUGCCAAGCUCCUGACGUACGAGACCGGAAAGCCACUGGCCGAGGCCUACGGAGAAGUUGAUUACUCUUUGGGCUUCUUGUGGUGGUUUUCUGGCGAGGCAGAGCGGGUUUCGGGUUCCAUAGGCGCCUCUUCUGUCCAGAAUCGAAGGGUUUUGGUGAUUAAGCAACCAAUCGGCGUUACGGUUGCCCUCGUUCCGUGGAACUUUCCCAUUGCCAUGAUUCUUCGCAAGGCCGGCGCAGCGCUUGCCGCAGGCUGUUCGAUGAUUGUCAAGCCAUCCCCAGAAACACCUUUAACCUGCCUGGCCCUCGCGGAUCUGGCUACACGCGCAGGGUUUGCUCCUGGUGUCUUCAACGUCCUGACCACUUCGCUGGAUAACACGCCGAAGCUGUCCGAAGCCAUGUGCACACAUCAUUACGUGCAGAAGGUCACCUUCACCGGUAGCACAAGGGUUGGCAAGAUCGUGGCCGGAAUCUGCGCAAGGAACCUCAAGAAAUGCACUAUGGAGCUCGGCGGUAACCGCCCCUUUAUUGUCUUUGACGAUGCGGACCUUGAGCAGGCUGUCACGCAGUUGAUGGCUUUGAAAUGGAGGAACGCAGGACAGGCUUGCAUCACCGCGAAUCGUGUGUAUGUUCAAGCUGGUGUGUAUGACAAGUUUGCCAGCAUGUUCGCUUCCAGGACGCGCGAGUUUAAGGUAGGCCACGGCAUCGACCCAUCCACGACCUUUGGCGCGGUCACUGCUGGGUUGGAAAGGGCCGAGUCACAGGUCCAGGACGCACUGGAGCACGGCGCCCAGCUAGCGACAGGUUCUGGAAAGCGUUUUAAUGGGCAGUUCAUGGAAUCAGUCGUUCUCACGGGCAUGACGCAAGAAAUGAAGAUGGGACAUGAAGAGACCUUCGGCCCUGUGUGCGGUCUCUUCAAGUUUCACACCGAGGAGGAGGCUGUCAGGUGGGCCAACUACACAAGCCUGGGCCUGGCUAGCUAUGCCUUCACGAAGAACGUCGACCGACUUUGGAGGAUGUUCGAGAAGUUGCAGGCAGGCAUGAUUGGUCUUAACACAGGAAACGGCUCUUCUUCUGAGAGUCCAUUUGGAGGCAUCAAGCAGUCUGGUUACGGCAAGGAAAGUGGAAAGGAUGUUGCUGUCUCUGAAUAUUUGGUCGAGAAAACUGGAACUUUGACAGUUCGGUAA